UACGUAUAUAAACCGAUGCAAAUAGACAUUAUUGAGGCAGAGGGUUUGUUUGGUGCCAUCAUGAGAGUGCUAUCAAUCUUAUUCCUCGUGGGCACCAUGUGUGUUAGGAGUCACUGCGCUCCUACACCCCGCAAGACCCCACUGCCUAUUGUAUUUGUGGGAGAGAUCCGUAACAACAUGAGUGACGUGCAACUGGCUGAGAGUUACCUAAAUCGGUAUGGCUACCUGGUCUCAGAGCAGGGGUCUGAUGCCCGCAUAGCCCUGCAGAAGGCUCUUCGCAAAAUGCAGCAGAAGCUGGGAUUGCAAGAGACAGGAGAUCUAAAUCAAGAAACAAUGGCUGCCAUGCAAGCCCCUCGUUGUGGUGUGCCAGAUGUAGGUCGGUACAACACAUUUGAGGGUGAUUUAAAGUGGGAUCAUGAUGAAAUCACAUACACUAUCCUGAACUACUCUCCUGAUUUGGACCGUGAAGUCAUAGACGAUGCCUUUUCUCGUGCCUUCAACGUCUGGAGCGAAGUGACUCCUCUUACAUUUAAACGAAUAUACGAAGGAGUACCUGACAUUGACAUCCUAUUUGGAUCUGACAAUCAUGGAGACCCCUACCCAUUUGAUGGCACGAAUGGACUCUUGGCUCAUGCAUACCCUCCUGGUAGUGGCGUGCAGGGGGAUGCACACUUUGAUGAUGAUGAGUUCUGGACUCUUGGCACCGGAAUUGUUGUAAAAUCACAUUUUGGAAAUGCAAAUGGAGCUCUGUGCCAGUUUCCAUUCAUAUUUGGGGGUAAAUCGUAUUCCAGUUGUACGACUGUCGGACGCUCUGACGGGAAUCUCUGGUGUAGUACCACUCCCAACUUCGAUCAGGAUGGCAAAUAUGGCUUCUGUCCCAGCGAAUUGCUUUUCACAUAUGGAGGGAACAGUAAUGGAGAGCCCUGUGUCUUCCCCUAUAUCUUCGAUGGAGAGUCCUAUUCUAGUUGUACCAAGGAAGGUCGUUCUGAUGGGUAUCGCUGGUGCAGUACUACUGCCAACUAUGACAAAGAUAAGAAAUAUGGCUUCUGCCCCAACAGAGACACUGCUGUGAUUGGUGGAAACUCUCAGGGAGAUCCUUGUGUCUUCCCAUUUACAUUUCAAGGAAAAACCUAUAAUUCAUGCACAAGUGAAGGUCGGGGGGACGGGAGGUUGUGGUGCGCAACCACCUCUAGCUACGACACAGACAGCAAAUGGGGUUUCUGUCCUGAUCAAGGAUAUAGUCUUUUCCUUGUUGCUGCCCAUGAAUUUGGUCAUGCUUUAGGACUGGACCAUAGCAAUGUCCAAGAUGCUUUAAUGUACCCAAUGUACAGCUAUGUGAGUGAUUUUCAGCUUCACCCUGAUGAUGUGAAAGGGAUACAGUAUCUGUAUGGUCCUAAGUCAGGUCCAGGUCCUAAGCCUCCAGUGACUACUAAGAAGCCUUCAUCCACAUCGUCAUCGACCACCACCACCACCACCAGGAAUGACCCCAAGAACCCAACACAGAAUGUGUGCAAAGUACAAAGAUUUGAUGCCAUUGCAGAUCUGCAGGGAGAACUUCACUUCUUCAAGGAUGGACUGUAUUGGAAACAGCCUGCCCGUCAGGGUAUUCCUAAAUCUCCACUCCGCAUCAUGGAUACAUGGCCUGCCCUGCCUGCCAAUAUCGACACUGCGUUUCAGGACCUUACAAGCAGGAAUAUCUACUUUUUUGCUGGACGCAGAUUCUGGCAAUAUACCGGUAACAAUGUUCUGGGCCCACUCAGUAUCGAAACGCUGGGUUUGGGAAAAGAUGUCCAGGCUAUCGUGGGAGCCAUUCCCAGAAAUAAUGGAAAGGUGCUGUUAUUUAACGGGGAGAAGUUUUGGAGACUUGAUACAAAGACGCAGACUGUGGACAAGGGGUACCCAAGAAAUACAGAUGAAGAAUUCCCUGGUGUUCCAGUUGAAUCCCAUGAUGUUUUCCUAUAUCAAGGUAAAUUUCACUUCUGCCAGGAGCAAUAUUUCUGGCGCAUGACAUCACGCAAGCAAGUAGACAAAGUUGGAUAUGUUAGUCAUGACAUCCUGCGCUGCCCUGAGAACUAAAGGAGAGGGGUGUGAACAAAGGCUGGUGGUGAAGGUGUACGAUAGGUGACAACAUGAGAAUAGGAAUCAUCACAGUAUUUAGGUUGGACAGUAAUGUGAGAACCAACUCCCACCUUUUCACGGCCACCCCACUUACAAUUACAAUGAGCUUCGAAUUAUCUGUGUAAAGGUGAAUUCUUAAUAUUGUUAAGCUGUAUAGAUGGGUACUAUGUGUGUUUGCGUGUAAAUACAGAGUUUACCUCCGGUGCUGGCUGCUUCAUAGUAUAUAAGUGAUCGUGAACUGAUGUGCUCACAAAAUGAGCAAUAUUUGAGCUUUACCGAACUUUCUAUGGCAUAUUGGGUUGUUUGUUUUCUAAUAAAGAUCAAGUUACUUUUUAA